UUUGUAAUCAUUUUUCCUGUGGGAUCUUCUGUCGACUGCAGCAGAGCAGAAGGUUGUGAGGCAGGAAAAAGACGGCAGCACAAUUUUCAGCGUGGCUGAAAUCUUCUCACCAGAUCUGAGCAACACAAGUGAAUGACAGAAAUGGACGGCCCUCUCACCACACCGUGUAACAUCCAGAUUUGUGAGGUGUCCUGUGACUCAUUCCGCAUCAUGUGGGACAUGAACCCCGAGGACACCGCCCGAGCCACGCACUUCUUCAUCGACCUGAGCCGCAAAGAGAGCAAAGAUCCCAACCGCUUCAAACACAGGGAUGUGCCAACCAAACUGGUGGCCAAGGCCGUGCCUCUCCCCAUGGCAGUGAGGGGACACUGGUUCCUCAGCCCGCGGACAGAGUACUGCGUCGCCGUUCAAACUGCUGUCCGACAGCCUGAUGGUGACUACCUGGUGUCAGAGUGGAGCCAGGUGGUGGAGUUCUGCACUGGAGACUAUGCCAUGGAACAUCUACAGCAGCUUCUUGACAAGGCUAAGGGCUCCGCAGGGAGGCUGCUAAAAUUCACUGUGUUUUAUCGCAACCAACAGCCGGACUACUUUGACUAUGUCAGGAAGGAAUGUGGAGGACUGAUGCGUCCGGCUUUGAAAGACAACAGUGGGAGUCAUGGUUCUCCAAUCAAUGCCAAACUGCAGGGAGUCUUCUUCAGUUGCAACACAGAGUUCGAUACAGGCCUUCCUCCCAAUGACUCCCCAUACGGACCUCUACGUUUCCAGAUACCAGCUGGACUCCUGCUGAACCCCGAUAUCUGCCUGUAUUUCGCAGACUUCUACUGUAUGUACACAGCCUACCACUAUGUGGUGCUGGUGUUGGCUCCCGUUGGCUCAGAGGGAGAUACCUUCUGUCGCACGCGUCUUCCUAUGCUGGACUUGUCUUCCAACCCUUUCCUGACAUACACUGCCCCCCAGAGGCAGGGGGAGGAGCCUUUGUACUGCCAUGCCAGUGACGUCAUCCUUGAGGUGCUUUUCACAGAGCCCGUUCAUCUGGACCAGGGCAGUGUGGAGCAGAUCAGCGGACACCACCAGCUCAUGAGUCUGACCACAGCUAAUGCCAAGAAAGACCCGAGCUGCAAAGUGUGCAACAUCAGUGUAGGACGCUGAGGACAGACCCCGAUGUCAGACUGACCUGACAGACAAGACCAAACAGCUGAGGUCACCACGACAUAGCAAAAUGUUUGUGGCCCAGAUCCGGCCCACACCUGACACUUUCAUCAAGUCCAAAUACCGUGUGGAAUGAUGGCAGAUCUGGACCAAAAGCUGGCCACCGCACCACCAUAUCACACAUAUCAGCCAUUGUGCCACAUCUCUACCAUAGUUGUCCCACAUUUGUCUGAAGAUAUUCAGGCCAUAUUUACAUGGUCCAGUCCAACACAUUUGCCAAAACAGGUCCACAUUUGCUUGAGGAUCACUUUAGGCCCACAUCCGGAUGCUAUCUCGGUCGUGUGUAGAAGUGUAGAACCUGUUUAAGUGUGUGAAGUACAGCGUGCUGCUUUCCUUCUUCCCUCCUAGAAUGUUGCGUUUUAAACUACCAAUGUCGUUGAACUUUGUGAUAAUCACAACUGGAAACUGAAUAAAUGUGCUUCUAUGAAAGCGGAACAAAUCAUAACUUAAAAUAUAAAAGCUGCAAAUUAAUGGUAGAAGUCUGUGCUCAAUCUGUAAUUUUUGAUGUCUUUGUGGCAUUUUCUAAACCGCUUUCAGUUACAUUUUUCCUUUAUGGCUCAACUCAACUCAAAGGUCCUUUACAGCUGGCAUUAAAAUGCAUAUCCUGCGAUUGGAUUGUAAUCUCAUGAGCACCUGACCACUUUCAAAUGCAGGUGUAAAUACACCCAAGGACGGAUUGUUAUCAGAUCUGCCAAACCACUUCAGGAGGUGGUCGGAGACACACUGUGACCACGUUGAACAGAAGCGUAAAUGCAAUCAGUCUCCAAUGCGUUUCCACUCCACCGAGCACAGCUAACGUGAAAACGGCGAUAACACGGCACAGUCUUCUCUGCUAUCGUCGGUUUUCCGCUUGUCAAAGACGGCUUCUUCGCAAGGGUCAAAAAGCAAAGAGGAGUCCAUACAGUAGUGCAACGUCACACAUGGCUAACGUUGGUGUUGAUAAGGCAGCGCACCGAGGGGGAGGCGACAAAAGGGGGAGAUGACUGCGAUUGGAUAGCAAUUGGAUCUUGAUGUGGACACCGGAGACGUGUAAAUGCAUGUGGUGAAGCACUAUCUGAUCACGGAAAAUACAUUCUCAUGCCAAGUGUAAACGGGGCCAAAGUUGGGUGUCCAGCGAUGGAGGGGAACUUUCUCGUCUCGUUUGAUCGAGCUGCUUGGACUGUGUAGUUUUUUGAGUUAAAUGCAUGACCAGGAUUUGAUUAGCUCGUGCCUGUGUUUGUAUAUUUGAACAAUGUGAUUUGCAACUUCUGCGGCGCGCAAUGCAAGCCAAGCGAUGCAGCCAUUUGCUUGCAAUGACAUUUAAAGUGGACGAGAAGCCUAUCAUGAGUUGACACCUCCAUUGUGUACGUGUGGAGUGCAGCCUCACUCCAUUUCUGGCCUGCUGUGUCCUCCUCAUCUUUCGUUGUUGGACUCCUCAACAGGAUUUACACCGCUCAUCCAUACCCUUGACUUGACCCUUCUUCUACUUACACUCCUUUGUCUUUACUUGUUUAAUAAUUUAAGUUAAAUAAAUUAUUUUUGAAUGAUC